CGGGUCUCGCGAGAGGCGCGGGCGGCGCUGAUGGCGGCCGAGGAGGCCGAGCGCGCCCCGCUGCUGGGCGGGCGGCGGGCGCUGCUGGCGGGCCGGCGCGGGGCGUGCGCCGCCGUGCUGCUGUGCGAGCUGCUGGAGCGCGCCGCCUUCUACGGCGUCACGGCCAGCCUGGUGCUGUUCCUGAACGGCGCGCCGCUCGGCUGGGAGGGCGCGCAGGCCAGCCAGGCGCUGCUUCUCUUCCAGGGCCUCGGCUACCUGGUGGCGCCGCUGGGCGGCUGGUGCGCCGACGCCGUGCUGGGCCGCGCGCGCGCCAUCCUGCUGGGGCUGGCGCUCUACCUGCUGGGCAUGCUGGCCCUGCCGCUGCUGGCCGCGCCCCGCACGCGCGCCGCGCUCUGCGGGGACCCGGGGCCCGAGCCCGCCGCGCGCUACUGCGCGCCCGCCGCGCUGGCGGGGCUGGUGCUGGCGGGGCUGGGCGUGGGCACCGUCAAGGCCAACAUCACGCCCUUCGGCGCCGACCAGGUGCGAGACCGCGGCCCGGAGGCCACGCGGCGGUUCUUCAACUGGUUCUACUGGAGCAUCAACCUGGGCGCGCUGGUGUCGCUGGGCGGCGUGGCCUACGUGCAGCAGAACGUGGGCUUCCUGCCGGGCUUCGCCAUCCCCACGGCCUGCGUGGGCGCCGCCUUCCUGGUCUUCCUGGGCGGCCAGAGCUGCUUCGUGAGCAAGCCCCCCGACGGCAGCGCCUUCUCCGACGUCUUCCGCGCGCUGGCCCGCGCCUGCCGCCCCGCGCCCGCCCGCGAGCCCAGUGAAAGCGCCGCAGCCUGUGGGGCUCGCUCUAAACACAGUCUGUUUGAUUCCUGUAAGCUGCCCCGCGGAGGGCUCAGCGAGGCCCGGGUGGACGCCGUGCGGGGCCUGCUCAGCACCGUGCCCGUGCUCCUGGCGCUCAUCCCCUACUGGAUGGUCUACUUCCAGAUGCAGACCACCUACGUCCUCCAGAGCCUGCACCUGCGGAUCCCCGAGAUCUCCAGCUUCACCGCCACGCCCCACACGUUCCCAGCGGCCUGGCUCACCCUGUUCGACGCCGUGCUCAUCCUCCUCCUCGUCCCGCUGAAGGACAAGGUGGUCGACCCGGCCCUGCGGCGGCACGGGCUCCUCCCGUCGUCCCUGAAGAGGAUCGCCGUGGGCAUGUUCUUCGUGAUGUGCUCGGCCUUCGCCGCAGGGAUUCUGGAGAGCAAGCGGCUGGCCCUGGUGCAGGAGAGGAGCGUCAACCAGACCAUCGGGGACGUGGUCUACUUCGCCGCCGACCUGCCCAUCUGGUGGCAGGUCCCUCAGUACGUGCUCAUCGGCCUCAGCGAGAUCUUCGCCAGCAUCUCAGGCCUGGAGUUCGCCUACUCGGCCGCGCCCAAGGCCAUGCAGAGUGCCGUCAUGGGCCUUUUCUUCUUCUUCUCGGGCGUCGGCUCCUUCGUGGGCUCUGGCCUGCUGGCGCUGGUGUCCAUCAAGGCCAUCGGCUGGAUGAGCAACCACACGGACUUCGGGAACAUCAACGGCUGCCACCUGGACUAUUACUUCUUCCUCCUGGCGGCCAUCCAGGGGGGCACCCUCGUGCUCUUCCUCAUCGUCUCUGUGAGGCACGACCGCCAGCAGGCGCAGGUGGCCGUGGGCACGCCGGGCAGCAGGAGGGCCUGAGCCAUGUCCCCACCGCUGGACUGUGCCGCUACCCGCGCCCGGGGCCGUGGGGGCGUCCAGGGCUCACGGCGCCCCGGCAGCACCGACCCCGCCCCUGCUGUGACCGUGCCCCGUGGACAGCGCAGGCCUUGGACGAGGCCGGGACUGGGGGCGCGGGGGGACCCUCGGAAGGGAGUCGCGUGAGCCCGAGCACGGCUCUCGCCGGACGUGGCAGUGACUGUAUAAAGGUUUCCGAUGCCGGC